AUGCCCCCCCUCCCCCUCACCAUCAACCUCCAUUCCCCCCGCUUCGUCGUCGUCGACAAACCCCCCGGCCUCCUCUCCGUCAAAGGCAAGGGCCCCGACAAGACCGACUGCGUCGCCGAGCGCGUCCGCGCCCACUUCCCCGACGCCACCGGCCCCAUCGUCGUCCACCGCCUCGACAUGGACACCUCCGGCCUCCUCGUCCUCGCCCUCGACGCCGACGCCCAGCGCGACCUCUCCAAACAAUUCGAGGCCCGCACCGUCCACAAGACCUACACAGCGCUCCUCGACGGAACACUCGAACCCGACGAAGGAACCAUCGACCUCCCCAUCCGCGCCGACAUCGACAACCGACCCAUGCAGAUCCACGACCCCGAACGCGGCAAACCCUCCCUCACCAACUUCCGCGUCCUCGCGCGCGAGAACGGGACGACACGCGUCGAGUUCACCCCCAUCACCGGCCGCUCCCACCAGCUCCGCGUCCACGCCGCCCACCCCCUCGGCCUCGGCCUCCCCAUCCUCGGAGACGUCCUCUACGGCGACGAGCACUCCGCCCCGCGCCUCAUGCUCCACGCCACCACACUCGAAUUCGACGACCCCGGGACCCGCGAACGCGUCCGCGCCCGCUCCGACGCCCCCUUCUGA